GCUGCUGCAACUUGUGAUACCAGAGGCAAUUUCAGACAAAAUGAAAAUCAAAGCCCUCUCGCGCUCUGCUGCUUCGCAGCAAGCGCCUGGUUCGAGUGUUGCAAGGUUGCAAAGAAAUUUGGACCCAGCACAGCAUCCAUUUGAGCGAGCACGAGAAUAUACGAGAGCCUUGACUGCAACUAAAAUGGACCGUAUGUUUGCUGCGCCUUUUGUCGGUCAGUUGGGUAGCGGGCACAUUGAUGGAGUCUAUUCUAUGGCCAAAGACCCUGGUUCUCUGGAGCGUUUCGCAAGUGGCUCGGGCGAUGGAGUCGUCAAAGUUUGGGAUAUGGAGACGCGAGAGGAAGUAUGGAACACACAAGCACAUGAAAAUAUUGUCAAGGGCCUUUGCUGGACUCCCGAUCGCAAACUUCUUUCUUGCGCUAGCGAUAAGACCGUCAAGCUUUUCGAUCCUUAUAACUCCUCGCCAGAGGCGCCACCACUAGCAACUUUCCUCGGCCAAACACCGUUCACCAGUGUUUCACAUCAUCGUGAUGAGUCCGCGUUUGCUGCUGCGUCGUCUGUCAUAUCUAUCUACGAUCUGUCUCGUCCUUCUUCAACCGCAUCCCAAACCCUUCACUGGCCAACUAGUACCGACACUAUCACUUCCGUUGCUUUCAACCAGACGGAAACCUCAAUUCUUGGUUCUACGGCAAACGAUCGCUCUGUCGUGGUUUAUGAUUUACGGACUUCUACACCAGUGGCCAAAGUCAUCCUUACUCUUGCGUCCAAUGCCAUUUCUUGGAACCCUAUGGAAGCAUUCAACUUCGCAGUUGCUAAUGAAGAUCAUAAUGCGUAUAUGUUUGACAUGCGGAAGAUGGAUCGUGCGCUCAACAUCUACAAAGACCAUGUUGCCGCCGUGAUGGAUGUCGAGUUCAGUCCCACUGGUGAGGAAUUGGUUACAGCGUCGUACGACCGCACGUUACGAUUGUUCAACAGAAAUCAGGGUCGAUCUAGAGACGUUUACCACACACAGCGAAUGCAGAGGGUCUUCUCAGCCAUGUUCACCCCAGAUAACAAUUAUGUCUUGUCCGGAUCUGACGAUGGAAAUAUCCGUAUCUGGCGUGCCAACGCCUCAUCCCGGGCAGGAAUUAAAAGUGCCAAACAGCGUCAGAAACUCGAAUACGAUCAGGCGCUUAUCCGCAGGUAUUCUCACAUGCCGGAGAUCCGGAGGAUCAAGAAUUACCGCCAUGUGCCCAAGGCCAUCAAGAAGGCAGGAGAGAUCAAGAAGGAGGAGCUUGCGGCUAUUAAACGAAGGGCGGAUAAUGUUCGAAAACAUAGUAAGAAAGGCAGUGUGCCUCAGCGAGCCGAGCGAGAGAAGGUGGUUCUGGCGACCGAGCAAUAAGUUUGAGUUGCAACUUAAUAGGGAAUAUAAACCCGAUGUCUAUAUUGCCGGCCCGUCACGCGAUUGUCUUUCACAGAUUGAGGGGCGUCAUCGUCGUAUGUCGUUCACCACUCAUACAUCACUCUCAGAUCCAUCCUCUGGCACACUUUCUGGUCGGAAAACAUUCCGGUUAUACGCUUUUGCAACGGCAGUGUCGAUUCCGCUCAGGUAGCGGGCGAGCCUUUGGAUGGAAGCAGGCAGUACAGCAUACCAAUUCACCAACUUGGCGAAUGCAGGUAAUCUGAUGACACCACUUUGGCCAUUAUCAAUGGCCGAUACGAUAUCGUAUGCGACUUGAAUAGGCUCGAGGACAGGUGCAAAGAAUCGGCUCGGUGUCUCUAUUCCAUUAAAUAGAGGUGUCGAGAGUUGUCCCGUUUCCACCAACAGUGUCUUGAUCUUAUCAUCGUGGCCGGACGCUCUCAGCUCAACCUCGAGGGAUCUAUGCAGUGCGCUCAGACCAGCUUUACUGACAGAGUAGUCUGAUAGACCAGCAGCUGUGAGAUGGCCUAGCACAGAGCUCACGUUCACUAUGACGCCGCCCAAGUUGGUUUCUAACAUUGCCGGUAGGAAGAUUUGUAUCAAAUGGAACGGCGCCAUUAAAUUUGUUUGGAUUGUUUUCUUCAUGGAUUCAGGAGUCAGUGAUAGUAACGGUAAACCAUGUACAGCUGCUGCGGCGCAAUUGAUGAGCACUGUUGGUUUUCCAAGCUGUAUAUUAUAGUCAGCGAAAGUCCUCACUUUCACGAAACAAGUCAUUGUGUGACGGAUAAACUCAC